CCUAAACAGAGUGCGGGCACACUUAAAAGUUUGUGAAGAAUAGAAUUGUUUAAUGUUUGCUUUAUUUUCGUUAAAUUGUACUUUAAAAUCAAAUGCAAUUGCUUAGAAAAGUGUUGUGGGUGGUAGUGCAAGUUUUAUAAAAUCGUGCAAACACGCGACGCCUGUUGCUCGCCAUGUCCGUUGCUUAAACUCAGCUCGCUGUUGACUUUGUUUUUGUUGUGGUGCGGCGCUGCUGCCGGCGCAGGCGGUCGCGUCUCGUCUGAAUUCAAAGGAGUACAAAGUUUUCAGCACCCAAAAUGAGCGACGAAGAGGGCAAGGAGAAGCAAAGGCCUGAGGAGGAGGAGGAGGAGGUGAAGCCCGAAACGGAACUUAUAACUUAUAGGGAAGGCGACAUCGGAGCAGAGGAUGGGAGAACGCCACCCGCAGCCACACCCGCACCUACAACCACCAUUCCAAACCCCACUGCAGCACCAGACGCAGGGGAUGAUGGGGAGGAGAAGCCCAAGGAGAGGGCCGCAGUAGAGUGUGAAACCAAAGCAGAUAAUGAUGAUGAAAGCCAACCCCAGGCAGACAAUGCAGCAGCCAAGAAGGAGAUGGAGAUUGAAAGCUUAGCCCAGAUAAAGGAUGAAGCAGCCAAGAAGAAAAAGGAGGAUGAAAGCCAAUCCCAGGUGGAAAGUGCAGACUCGAAAAAGGAGAAGGCGAAGGAAAGCCAAGCCCAGGUGAAAGGGGAAGCAGCCAGAAAGGAAGAUGCAACCCAACCGCAUCAGGAUUUUGCAGCCUACGCUGAGCAUGUGACCUAUGCCGAGAAUGGCGAUGCCAUCUACACGGAUCCCAGCACCAAGCAGGAGUACAAAUGGUGCAACAUUAAAAACAGCUGGCUGCCGCUGACUGGCAAUGGGGAGAAUCCCUACGAGAACGAGUUCUACAAGUGGUGCGACGAGACGAGCCAGUGGCUGCCCAAGACGCAGACAGAGACGGAGCACUACAGGUGGGAUGAGGAGCAGCAUACGUGGGUGCUCAAGCAGCAGCACCAGCAGCAGGAGCAGCAGCAGCCGGACCAAGAUGCCGUCUACAAGCUGGAUGAGCACGGCGAACGCACCUACACGGACAAGGAUGGGACUGUCUACCUGUGGGAUGCUGAGAAGUCGGCCUGGUUCCCGAAGAUCGAUGACGACUUCAUGGCACAGUAUCAAAUGAAUUACGGAUUCAUAGACAACACGAGUGCCGGCGAGAAGGAGAAGGCCGACAAAGAGGCAGCUGAGGCGAAGCGCAAAGAGGAGGAACUCAAGCGUAUGACGGCCGAGGCAGAGGCAGCCAUGGCCACAGAUGAGUCCGGUGCAGCAUCUGCAGCAGCAUUGGGCAAGCGCAAGGCCCCAGAGCCACCAAAAUGGUUCGAAAUGGAUCCCUCGCAGAACACCAAAGUAUACGUGUCCAAUCUGCCGACGGACAUUACCAAGGAGGAGUUUGCCGAGCUGAUGGGCAAGUGUGGCAUGGUCAUGCGGGAUCCGAAGACGCAGCAGCCCAAGCUGAAGCUCUACACGGAGGCGGAUGGUCAGAUCAAGGGCGAUGGCCUCUGCGACUACAUCAAGGUGGAAUCUGUUCAUUUGGCACUCAAGAUCUUGGACGACUACGACCUGCGGGGCCACAAGAUUCGCGUGCAGCGCGCCCAGUUCCAGAUGCGCGGCGAAUACAAUCCCGCCCUGAAGCCCAAGCGCAAGAAGAAGGACAAGGAGAAGAUGCAGAAAAUGAAGGAGAAACUAUUCGAUUGGCGUCCGGACAAGAUGCGCGGCGAGCGCUCAAAGCACGAGAAGACGGUCAUCCUCAAGAAUCUCUUUACGCCAGAGCUCUUCGAAAAGGAGGUGGAACUCAUCCUGGAGUAUCAGAACAACUUGCGGGACGAGUGCGGCAAGUGCGGAAUGGUCCGCAAAGUUGUCAUCUAUGACCGCCAUCCAGAGGGCAUUGCUCAGAUUAACAUGUCCUCGCCGGAGGAGGCCGAUCUGGUCAUACAAAUGAUGCAGGGACGCUUCUUUGGACAGCGUCAGCUGAGCGCUGACCACUGGGAUGGCCAGACCAAAUACAAGAUCGAUGAAUCGGCGGUGGAGGCACACCAGCGCCUGUCCAAGUGGGAUGAGUACUUGGCAGCCGAGGAGGCGGAUAAGCAGGAUAAACAGGACAAACAGAAUGCGGAAGGGCAGAGUGCCAGUGCUUAGGGCUAGCGAUGAACCGAUGGCCAUACCUGCGAUCCUUGUCGUUGCGAUCGAUAAUCUCGAGAACGACCUCGUUGGCCCGCUCAUUGGGAUAGGUGGCGUUCCAGCGAUUGUAGAUCUUGUAGCGGUUGGCCUCGCUCACCUUGGGCAUCUUGUGCUGGCAGAUGAACCGCAGCUUGUCCGGGCACGAGCGCGCCGACCAGCGGUACUUGAGGCUCGGAUCGUAGACGGCGCAGUUGUUGUCGUUGGGCUGGCUGUUGGAGAUAAGUUGCACAUAGCUAGAAUUGUUGCUUAAGCGUUAAAUCAACGGAAAUAAAGAAGGAGAGGACAGAUCAAA